AUGAACUCAGACAAAGCAUCAAAAGUAUCUGAAUCCUUGAUGAACAUUUUGUUCUCGAAAUUCAUAAUGCUAGACGAUCUAGUGAAGGGAUUGAUCUUUGGUGUUGGGGCCGUUUUCGUAGUGAUACUCACUUCGAUAUUUUUGAUCAAGAUUAUGCUGAUGAGCCAGGAGCAACCAAAGAAGAAGGGUGAAACGGAGGAGAAGAAUGACAAGCAGCUGUCAAAUGGCAGGUCCACAGCUGCUUCCACAGCCGUGGGCAAAGCAUCUGACGAAGCUGAGCAUGCUGAGCAUCUUUUGUCACGAAAAGUAAUUCCGCUCAGGUCCAACGCAGACUUCGAAGAGGAGAUGGAAAUCUCGGUUAUGGAGGAAGACUAA